AUGUCACAUUCUGGUGCACUCUUCACUUCUAUCUUUGGGAUUUAUCUGGUGAAAGACAAGCAAAUUCCAACUCUUGACGACGUGUUGGGACCAGGGAGUAACAUGGUAGCUGCUGGCUAUUGCAUGUACGGGAGCUCUUGCACGCUGGUGAUUAGUACUGGACAUGGAGUGAACGGCUUCGGGCUUGAUCCGGCUCUUGGGGAGUUUAUAUUAACUCACUCCAAUAUUAAGAUUCCACAGAAGGGAAAAAUCUUCUCUGUAAACGAAGGAAACGCUCAAAACUGGGAUGACCAAACUGCCAAAUAUGUGGAAAAAUGCAAGUUCCCAGAUGGUUCAUCUCCAAAGUCCCUUAGAUACAUUGGAAGUAUGGUUGCUGAUGCCCACCGAACAUUGCUUUAUGGCGGAGUCGUUUUGUACCCUGCUCAUAAGAAAAGCCCAAAUGGAAAACUACGAGUUCUUUAUGAAGUUUUUCCAAUGUCAUUCCUGGUUGAGCAAGCAGGAGGUCAAGCUUUUACUGGCAAGCAACGGGCUUUGGACUUGGUUCCAAAGAAGAUACAUGAGAGGUCCCCAGUUUUCCUUGGAAGCUAUGCUGAUAUUGAGGAAAUUAAACAACUUUAUGGGGCUACUUAA